UGUAUAGCAAGAAUCCAGCUUGGACGUAAAGAUCGCAUUCCUUAGUACCUUGGUUAUUGCCAAAAACGAAGAAAUCAAGAAUUAUGGAUGGAAAGGAGAAUAAAAUAGUGAAAGAAGAACAUCCGUCAAAAGAAAAUGAUCAAGUUCAAACCAAUGACUCCAUGGAUAUAGACAAGAACGAAGGGUCAACAGUUCAUAAUGAUCAUGCUGAUAAACAGCCUUCUGACGAAAGAAAGGAACCUACUGAAAAUAAAAGAAGUAAGCGAAUGUUUGGUGCUUUGCUUGGGACUUUAGGUAAAUUUCAAAAGGAGGCAGAACGUGAAAAACAGUCGGAAACGCGAGUAAGGCGUGCUGAGUUGGAAAAAAAAUUAGCCAAGCGUCAAGAAGAAGAAAGAAAAGAAUUGGAUAUACAGGAGAGUCAGGAGCAAGAACAGCGAGAAAAGGAUUUGGCCCAGGAGAGGAGGGUCGCUAUGGAGGAUUUAGAAUUGGACUUGAAAGAUUUGAAACAAACGCUAAAAAAGCAAGAGUCUACUUUUCUGAAAACGAAUACAGAGCCACGCUUGUAUUAUAGACCUUAUUAUUUAUUGCCUAGCCAAAAGGAAUACUUGGAUCAAGUCCGAGAAGAAAAGGACUGAAAGAAUCAUAAAGGAUAAAGAAAUAAUAUUUUGGCUAUGAUUUAUAUUUAUUGUUCAUUUCAGUGUCAAUAUCUGUGGGUAUUACUGGUUAUGAAAAGAAAAGCAGGAUGUGCAACCUGUUGGUGAUGAGAAUCAUAUUAGCUUUCAAAGGUUACAGGAAUGAUACUAAGAGCUUCUCUGUUGUUAAGUAAAAGCUUACAGGAAGAAGAAUUUGUUUUUCCGACGACGAGCUGAGUUAUCAGUGUACUUUGAAGGGUAUGUUCUGGGCAUCCAUUAAUAUCUUAAGUAUCCAUCCUCAUUGAGAGAGUACUCAUUAUUGAAAUCAUUAAUUCUGAAAGUGUUCCUGGAUUACAUGAAAGCUAGAUUUGGAUGGAUGUAAUCCAAAAACCAACUAACUUCGCAUUCGCUAAACUAAUGAACAGCAAAGGAAACAAUAUGGCUUCUGGAAUGAUAUACCUUAGAUUUAGAACUUAUAGAAUCUCUUACUUUUCUUUUUCUUAUAUAUAUAUUCCUCAUUAAGACAUUCCAUACAGGAUUUGCUAACAUUCAUCCCAAGUCAGAAAAAAAAAAGGGAGAAAAAAUUUUCACUCAAUACUUAUUUAUUUUUCUAUUAAGUUCUUUAUUUAUUUUUUUUUCUU